AAGACCACGCGCAUUGCUAGCAGAGGGCGGGAUGUUUGUGGUGAGAGAGUCAAUCUCGACGCAGCAUUCAGUUACGAAUAACUGCUAUGGAGAAAGAGAUUAAGUUUCACUUAUAAAAAACAAACAUAAGGAUGCAUGAAGUCUUGUCAUUUAUAGUUUAAAUUUAUGCUUUUUUUAUGUUUGUGUUUGGAGAAAUCAAUGUGUUAACGUGUUUUUAUAGAGGUUUUAUUGAUUGAAAGAAUACUAGAGCCCAAUGAAUGGAGUUGCUUUUUGCCUUGUUGGAAUACCCACAAAUGCACAAACUGAAGCUAAAGGCCAUAAAGAUGGAGGAUCCGGUCAGAACCCUCGAACCCUUACAGGGGAGGGCGUGGCCUGGAAAGGACCCCGUACAGUGGUGCUGCAUAAGAACUCUCAGGGCUUCGGCUUCACGCUACGGCACUUCAUCGUCUAUCCACCGGAUUCUGCCCUCCACACUAAUCUGAAGGAUGAGGAAAAUGGAAAUGGCAAAGGAGGUCAGAGGUCUCGCCUGGAGCCGAUGGACACCAUAUUUGUCAAGAAUGUGAAAGAGAAUGGUCCAGCCCAUCUGGCAGGCCUAUGCACAGGGGACAGGCUGGUGAAGGUGAAUGGAGAAAGUAUACUGGGGAAAACAUAUUCUCAGGUCAUAGCAUUGAUUCAGAACAGUGAGAAUGUGCUGGAGUUGUCCAUUAUGCCAAAAGAUGAGGAUGUGCUACAGUUGGUAAGUGUGUAUUCUCAAGAUGCCUACUUGAGAGGAAAUGAGCCAUACACUGGAGAAGCCCAAAACCUUCCAGAACCUCCUCUAGUCAGCUUCCCAAACAGCAAACCCACCACUGCCCAGAAUCACGGUCUUCCUGACAACCUGAACUGUAAACCCAAUCCUCCUCUGGACAAACCCUCCUCUGGGAUCACAGGACAUUGCUCAGAGGGCUUAGGUGCUCAGCGUGCAUCCCCCAUCCCUCAUCGACUGACUCACCACCGCGCCCGCUCCUCAUCUUCUGCAGGGAUUACAGUGAACCCGCUAGACUUCCAUUAUUCCAACCACAAUGCGGCUAUUGCUUCUGCCUCACUUCAACACCCUCGGAAAGGGAGUCUUCCCCAAGCCCGUAGUGAACUUUGCCACCAGGCUCUAUCUGAUUGGUACUACAGCCAAGCAGAGCGCCCGGGUUUUUCCAUGUCCCAUCAACACCGGAGCAUUUCUCAAGACCGACUGUCUGAACUGGGAGGUUCUUAUGGUGGGUGGCCACACAGCGCUUCUCACGACACCCUUUCUCUUCAUUACGGUGCAGCCGAACACUCUCCGCAUACAGAUUUUUAUGGGCUGGGUAGAUGGGGUGCACCUGGGACUUCGGGCCGUUCCUGCUCGGAGAAUUUACUGGCCGCUUAUGCUUCCUAUGAUCAUAGUUAUGGCCGUUCGCUAGAAACUUUAGAAAAGGCUUCUGCUUUGAUCUCGCCCCGUUACGAAAGAACUGCCUGGCCUCAUCAAAACACUCAGCCUAUGAGGGCAGAGGAGCACUCUGGCCUGGCCAAUCAUCGUACGGUUAUUUCAACACUGCCAUCCUCGGGGCGGCAGCAGCAAAUAGGACCUCAAAUACAGCAAGCCGCUCAGAUCAAACGUUUACCUGCACAGACUGUAGACGAUCAGACGGUGGGCUAUCGUAGCUACAGUCCUUCCUUCUGCCGAAAGGCCAGCCAUCUUAUGCAACAAUCUCAUUCCUUUAAGGAUCCAUCCUACACCGGACCUCACCUAAACUGGACCCCCACCCCUAAAACCAGCCCGCCGGAGAGUGUGCCAUCUUCAGGGCACGAGUCUUCUCCUCUGUCACUGCCCUCCACGGUGGAACCCCAAGAUUCAACGAAAACGGGCACAGGGGUUGGCGGUUUUGUAGACGAGCCUGUUCAGGCUCAGAUUCAGGAGGUGGUGCUCAGACAAAAACCCCCUUCUGGCAGAAAGACCCCUCAUGGGGUGCGACAGCCCCACUAUGGUUUACCUUUGGAUUCACCUGAAUCUUUUUCAGCAAGAACUCCUGGCUCACGGUCAGAAGACCCUGUGCACCAAAGUAAUGGUGGUAUAGCACCCUUGCCUGUGGAGCAGGACUCCCUGGCUGCCAUACCCUUCAUAGAUGAGCCCACCAGUCCCAGUGUAGACCUGUGUGCCCGCCAUGUGCCAGCCUCCUCUGUGGUGUCCAGCAGCUUGUGCCAGGCGUCUGCCCACACCACCAGCCCUGUCUCUCCCAUCCUGUCCUCCCCCCUUCCCAGCCUCCUCUACACAGACUGCAGCAAUAUCAAAAACAGCCGUCGCUCCUCUUACUUGCUGGCCAUCACCACAGAGCGCUCCAAGUCAUGUGACGAGGGCCUGAACACCUUCAGGGAGGAGGGCCGCGUUUUCUCGCGACUACCAAAAAGGGUCAAAAGCUUUUUCGCAGAAGGAUCCCUGGAGAAUCUUCGAGCAGCGGAGGAAGCGCGAACUAAACGUCACUCAACCUCUGAACUAGGGAGAUUCACUCUCAGUGACAUCAAGAAAGAUGGCUGGCUUCACUAUAAACAGAUACUUACAGAGAAAGGAAAGAAAGUGGGAGGUGGCAUGCGGCCAUGGAAACGCGUCUUUUCAGUGCUGCGCUCACAUUCGCUCUUCCUCUACAAAGACAAAAGAGAGGCGGUGUUUCACGCAGCUGGGGCGGGAAGUCACGGAAAUGGGCAGGCGGAGGACGAGCAGCCAAUCAGCAUUCGCGGCUGCUUGAUUGACAUAGCUUACAGCGAGACAAAGCGCAAGCACACCUUGCGGCUGACGACGCAGGACUUCUGCGAGUAUCUUCUGCAGGCGGAGGACCGUGAUGACAUGCUGAGCUGGAUCAGAUACAUCAGAGAGAACAGCAAAACGGACACUGAGGAACUUGGUUUCUCCAGACAGGCUCUUAUCAAUAAGAAACUAAAUGACUACAGGAAACAGAGUCCAACAGGCAAUAAGCCAGACACCUCUCCCAGGAUCCAUCGUAUGAUGCCACCUUUCCUGCUCUCAAAGACUGAAAACACAGGAGUGAAUCGCUCCCCAGGGAAAGAUGAGAGUGGUCCCACUAAGGUUCCGUGGGGUAUUAACAUCAUGAAAAAAGGGAAGAAAACUGGUCCAAAAGCUUUUGGGGUUCGGUUGGAAGACUGCCCACCUGCUGCCAAUAAUAAGUUUGUACCACAGAUUGUGGAGACCUGCUGUCGCCUGGUGGAGGAGAUGGGUUUGGAAUAUACUGGCAUCUAUAGAGUGCCAGGAAACAAUGCCAUGGUGUCUGCCCUUCAGGACCAGCUCAAUAAGGGGAUGGAUAUAAACACUGCCGAAGAGAGAUGGCAAGACCUGAAUGUCAUCAGUAGUCUAUUGAAGUCCUUCUUCAGAAAGCUUCCAGAACCUCUCUUUACAGAUGAUAAAUAUAUUGACUUCAUAGACGCCAACCGCAUAGAAGAUGCAGGGGACCGUUUGAAAACCAUGAGGAAAUUAACACGUGACCUUCCUGAUCACUACUAUCACACGCUGAAGUUUCUGAUCGGUCACCUGAAAACAAUUGCGGAUAAUUCGGAGAAGAAUAAGAUGGAGCCAAGGAACCUUGCUCUGGUGUUUGGCCCUACGCUAGUGCGGACCUCAGAAGACAACAUGACCGACAUGGUCACUCACAUGCCGGAUCGAUAUAAGAUUAUAGAAACUCUCAUUUUACAUCACGCGUGGUUCUUCAGUGAUGAGCUGGAUAAGGACGAGAAGACACCAGAGGACCAGCAGGACAUACAGCCUGUUCCAAACAUUGACCAUCUACUGUCUAACAUUGGCAGGACGGUGCCACUGCCAGAUAACUCUGAUUCCACCAACAACGACCUAGCUAAAACUAAGGAAACUUCGACUUCCAAAAAAGACCCGAGUGCCAAGGACUUCCCCCUGUUAAUCAUAUCAGCUGUGACCCGGAAGAGAAAGAAACGCCAAAGCACCUGCCCUCCAGACAGCAGCGAUGAUGAAGACUCUGAGCAUGAGCCAAUCAAAGCCAGCAACUAUGAAGAGAUGUCUGAGGAAAAAGAGGUGAGAGAGAACGGACGCCCAUUGGAACAGACAGAAGAAGAGACUGAGGAAGCAGGCGAGAUGGAGGGAAAACGAGAACAGGUUGGCGGAGAAGGUGAGCAAUUGAUGGAGGAGAAGAAGGUGGAGGAUGCGAUAGAUGUUUGUGAAAGGGAACAGACAGGUCAUAUUCGGUCUCGUCGACCUCGCAGCUUCUUAUAUUCGCACCACCAGAGCGUGCCAGGGCUCGGAGCCUCCUCGCAACCAACCACCUCCUCUUCCUCCACCUCCUCCACCUCACCACAACCCUCAACCAUUCUCACCCGGAGGAAACUAAGAGGGGAAAGAGUGCGACCUCACUCCAUGUAUGUGGAGCGGAGCAGAAUCGUAGAGGAGCAGAGCUCCGGGACGGUGCCUGCCACUCAUACCCGCUCUCUCGGAUUCUCAAGAGUCAAAGCCUCUCUUGUUAGAGGUCAAGAGAGGCUCCGUCAAGCAGUGUCGCCCAGCAGGAGCAACAGCGAGCCCUCUCACCAGCAGGGCUGGAUGAGUCGAGAACAGGCCAAUGCUUUGGCCCCAGCCGAUGCCUUAAGGGGUCAUCGCCAGCAGAGCUCACCGGAGACACGCCGAAGGAGGAGAGACUGGAGGCGUCACACAGUGUUGGUUAAUAUGCCUGCUGAGGGUUGAGCAUUAAGAAACUAUAAAAUGUCAAAACACCUCAGACCUGCACUGCUUUAUCCUGCACAAGAGGAGGGAUAAUAUGGCAGCUAAAGCCAAUAUCACAACCACAUGGCAGAGCACCAUUCUCAUUUUUAAUAAUGUGCUUAAUAAUGCUCUUGACCCUUGUUGUCAUAAUUUGAACGGCUCAUGAAAAUGCCACCUACUUUGAAAACACACCAUAAACAUCUAUGUGUUAAGAAGUCAAACAUGCUCGCAAAUUUGAUGUUUUGCAGAAAAGAUGGUCAAAAGUCUCCACAAAUGAAUAGCAAUAAUGGCUAUGUUAGUAAAAAAAGACAUGCAAAAAGAGAUUUCAUAACAGUCAUGCUAUAGUACCAACUCACUGUGGUCUCGCUCUCCUGCCUUUUUGGUAUGUUCACUUCGUAAAUCUGUGCUAUCUGUUAAUUUUUGUGGUCAAAAUAUUUGUCAAACGUCAGAUACCCCUGUGAUGUAAGUUCUCUUCAAUGUAUACUCAAUGUCAUCUUUUUUACACCCCAGUGCAUGUACAUAAAGUAUAUGGGUGAUGGUGUGGACCAACUUUUGUAACAAAUGUACAAAGCCUUGUUAAGUUAACCUCUGUGUACAAAUAAUGAAUAUGGUAAAAUAUAUUAUAUUUGUUUUCAA